AUGCCAGUAACACAAUCAUCAGCAGAUAGGAAAAAUGAGGAAGGCAAAAGGGAAAGGGGUAAAUGGUCUAGACCCAUUGAAAAUUUUCAAGCUUUCGCUUCAUAUCCUCUAGAUAGAGUGGAAGUGGUGGCUAAAAGUGGCUCGAUGACGCGAGUCCAUACUUGUAAGAAUGAGAAGAAAAGCAAUCGAGGCCAGAGUAUCAUCGUAGACCAUCGUCAACUCGUAAAAAUAAUCCAUGGCUGUCAUAAAGGAAAAUAUCCGGUGUCGCCCGUAAAGAAUAUGACGGAAGAUCUCUACCCAAUUGCUAGAACUGGGGAAAGGGGGUCGAUAGGAUACUGUCUUCUGUCAAAUUCCGUGGUCGUCAACUUGGCGUUCAUGACGCCGGGUAAUCAGAAGUUAAAUAACCAAAUAUCAAAAGAGAAGCAAACAGCCAAAAGGCGUUGCGUGCAAAUCAGAACACGUGAUCCGUGGAAUCGUUAA